UUCAUUAAUCGGUUCUGUCUUUUCUUCUCACACAAGUACGAGCUCAUAGAAAUAGGGUAUGUGCAGUGGUUCCAAGAGUAAACUCUUCCCUUCAAAUCCCAUCAUGGAAGACGAGUCUUGCAACCAGAAAGAUGGUAUCUCUUCCAAAUGUUCAGUUUUGCUUGAAUUAGCUGCCUCUGAUGACCUUGUUGGCUUCCAAAGUGAGAUUGAAGAUAAGGGUUUAGAUGUUGAUGAGACAAGCUAUUGGUAUGGUAGAAGAAUUGGAUCCAAAAAGAUGGGUUUCGAACAGAGAACACCCCUUAUGAUUGCAGCCAUGUUCGGAAGCACUAAUGUUCUAAAGUAUAUAACUGAAACUAACAAAGUUGAUGUUAAUAGGGCUUCUGGCUUGGAUAAAGUUACUGCCCUCCACUGUGCUGUUGCUGGUGCUGCUAAUUCUUUGGUUGAAAUUGUCAAGCUCUUGCUUGACGCAUCUGCUGAUGCUAAUCGUGUCGAUGCAAGUGGAAACAAGCCUGCUGAUCUCUUUACCCCUUCGUUAAAGUCUCCCAGCAAUUCAAGAAGGAAGUUGGUAGAGAUGUUGCUCAAAGGCGAAAGCUUGAGCGAAGAUGAAGAGGAAAAGUUGAUUAUGAUGUCUCAGCCAUCAAAAGAAGGAAGUGAGAAGAAAGAAUAUCCUAUUGAUGUGUCGCUGCCAGAUAUAAACAAUGGGAUAUAUGGUACAGAUGAAUUUAGAAUGUAUUGCUUUAAAGUUAAGCCUUGCUCAAGGGCAUACUCCCAUGAUUGGACAGAGUGCCCAUUUGUCCAUCCGGGGGAGAAUGCUAGGAGGAGAGAUCCAAAGAAGUACCCAUACACUUGUGUCCCUUGCCCUGAGUUUCGCAAGGGAACAUGCCAGAAGGGUGAUGCCUGUGAAUAUGCACAUGGUGUUUUUGAGUCAUGGCUACAUCCUGCCCAAUAUCGAACCCGGCUUUGCAAGGAUGAGAUAGGUUGCGCAAGGAAAGUUUGUUUCUUUGCUCACAAGCCUGAGGAAUUGCGUCCCGUGUAUGCUUCUACGGGUUCAGCAAUGCCUUCACCUAAGUCUAUGUCAGUUAGUUCAAUGGACAUGGCUACUUUGAGUCCACUGGCUCUUGGAUCAUCAUCUUUGACAUUGCCUGCUGUGUCUACACCACCUAUGUCUCCCUUGGCAGCAGCUACCUCUUCGUCUCCCAAGAGUGGAGGCCUGUGGCAGAACAAAGUCAACCUCGCCCCUCCAGCUUUGCAGCUCCCAGGAAGUAGACUCAAGACUGCUUUAUGUGCUAGAGAUUUGGAUCUGGAGAUGGAAUUGCUUGGGCUAGAAAAUCACGCCAACCAACUGCAGCAACAACAAUUGAUGGAUGAGAUAUCAAGUCUGUCCUCUCCAUCUUGUUGGAGCAAGGACUUCAACAGAAUUGGAGAUUUGAAACCUAAAAACCUUGAUGAUGUUUUUGGAUCUCUUGAUCCUUCUUUGCUGUCUCCACUGCAGGGAAUGUCAUUAAAACCUUCUACUCCAACUCAGUUACAGUCCCCUACUGGACUUCAGAUUCGUCAAAAUAUGAACCAACUUCGUUCAAGCUACCCAUCUAAUCUCUCAUCCUCCCCAGUGAGGAAGCCUGCCUCGUAUGGGUUUGAUUCAUCAGCUGCUGUGGCUGCAGCUAUGAUGAAUUCAAGGUCCUCUGCAUUUGCUCAGCGAAGCCAUAGUUUCAUUGACCGUGGAGCUGCAACUAACCGACUUGGCAUCACAGCAGCUGCAAAUUCUGCAUCAAUGAUGUCCUCUAAUUUUUCUAAUUGGAGCUCUCCUGAUGGAAAACUGGACUGGGGAGUUCAAGGAGAUGAGCUGAACAAGCUCAAGAAGUCCGCUUCAUUCGGGUUUCGCAGCAACAGCACUCCCUCAACAAUAGCAGACGUGACACUAUCUAAUGUUGAUGAGCCUGAUGUCUCUUGGGUUAAUUCCUUGGUUAAAGAUGUUCCUCCUGUUGGAAGUUCAUUGUUUGGUGCUGACAAGCAGUAUAAUCUCAGUAAAGGAGUUCGUGAAUCACUUCCACCAUGGAUGGAGCAGAUGUAUAUAGAGCAGGAGCAGAUGGUGGCAUAAGCAACAUCUAUGCGGCUCCAAACUUAUGCUGACAAAUUCAAUACUCUUCGAUUUCUUAUUAGUAUUUGAUCAUUGUAUUUAUGUUUAGAACAGUUAAACUUGAAUAGCGGAAGAAGCAAGAACGAACACUUUGAGCAGGAAAAGUUACUGCUCAUAUCAUCAUAGAUCAAGUGAAGUCUUAGGAUAAAAGUUUAGGAGCAACAAGAAAGAUCAAAAUUUUUUAAUUAUUUAUAUUCUUAUUUCUUUUUCUCCUUAACUGAGGAGAUUGUACUUUGUAUUUCUUAUAAUUUUAAGAUUCAGUGCAAUAUGGAGAGACUAUAUUAUCUUUUCUGAUAAAAACCUUUUAAAGUCAGUGGGAGAAUGGAUCCUCAAGAGGCUUCUGUUUCAGCUCAUUACUAUCUUUAUAAUAAAGUGCUGUUUGUUUUGAAAAA